AUGCAUAAUAAAUUUAAUAAUCUACAACGAUUAUCUCAGAAAACAAAAGAUGAUGAUAAUAAUAGCGAUUGUUUAACAUACGCUUUUAUUAGUAUGUAUAAAAAUUCAAUUUGGUGUAUUAAAUCUCUGUAUGAAUUUUGUUUAAAAUCUCUUUCACAAAUUUUAUUAUUAUCAUCAAAAGAAGAAUUAUAUUAUACUGGAAUUAAUAAGAAUAUGAUGAUGUCUAUGAAUAAUUCUGCCGAUGAGAAAUAUUCUCGUCAUCGUCGUCGUCAUCGUCGUCGAUUAUCAAAAAGUAUUUCUCAUCAUUCAAAUCAAAAAUCUUCAUCGAAAUUAAAUCUGCUUUCAAAUAAAACACGUGUAACUGUUCGUUCCGUAUCAAAUUUAAAUCUCAAUCAAACACAAUCAAAUCAUACAAUAUUAACAGAAGAAAAAAAUACUUUAGGAACAAUUAAUUCACAUAUUAUUGUAGUACCUGUACCUUCAUCUCAUUGUCAAAAUUUACCAACAAAUCCAAUAAAUUUACGUGAACAAUUAGCUGAUUCACUUUGUCGUCGUUCAUAUGAACCGUUAACUUUUAUGAAUCGUGGAAUGUGUUGUGGACAUUGUCGACCUUUGUUUCCUCCGAAUAUACCAUUUAAUCAUCCAGAUCAUUAUAUUCCACAACAACAAUCAUUAGAUAAAGAAAAAAAAUCUUCUGAGAAAUCUAUAAAAAUGAGUGAUGCAAGUGAAACUCAAACUAGUCCAUAUGCAGUUUCUCCAAGUAUAAAAUCUCAUGUAACAAAUUCACCUGAAGAAGAUGAACUAUUAACAACUGAUACGAUAUUUACCAAUGGUAUUAAUGAACAAAAUGAAUCUAUAAUAUCAUUUCCUGAUCAUGAUACAUCACCAUCUCAACGAUCAGUAGAAAUAAUUAAUGAUGAUAGUCAAUUACGAUUGGAUGCACAAAUACUUGUUAAUGAUUCAAUUCAAACUGCUCAAGAAAAAUAUCAAAGAAUCUUACGAAUGAGUAUUGAUCAAGAUCCACAAAAUAAUACAUUAGACACUGAGAAACAAACAAUUGAUAAUCAAUCUAAAUCAAUAAUUAUACCCGAUGAAUUUAAUGAAGAAAAAUUAUCGAAUGAUAUUACAUUAUGUCAAGAACUUUGUAAUAAACUCAAUCUAUCAGAUUCUAGUCAAAUUACUGAAAUUAUUCGUAUACUUGCUUCAAAUGCUCCACAUAUUCUUAAAGAACAAUCGACAUAUCAUACACCUUUAAUAAAUAAUUUAAAUACAAACAAAGAAGAUGAAAAUAUGCUCUGUAGACAAUUAUUACUUCAUCCACCAUUUAAACCAAAACGAUUAAUUCAUCUAUGUCCAGAUGGAAGUAUUCAAGUGUUAUCAGCUGUUGAUGAUGAUAAUAAUAAUUCAAAUAAAAACCAAUUCAUUGAUCAACAUCAACAAUAUCAUCUGAAUUAUUCUAAUUCAGCUAUAACACCAUCGAUUCAACAAAAUCAUAUUCUAAAAAAUGAAUCUUCUGUUGCUUUGGAAUAUGAAACAACAACAGCGAUUGAUUUCAAGACUAAUUUCAACCAUAAGAUAACAACUGAAUCAACAUCAACACAACAACUACAUUCAAAAAUACCUGUUGAACCGAUUGUGAAAAUUAAACUUGAUCUUACUGAUGAAACAAUAAACGUAGACAGUGAAGAUAAUGAAAAUUCAUUACCAGAAAUCUUUUUCAAACGUAUUAUUGCACCUGAAAGUUCCAUAAUAUCAUCUACUAAAAAAUCUAAUCAAAAUAUAAAAGACGAAAAAAAUAACAUAAUUCAUAUUGAUCGUCAAAGUUAUUCAAAAUCGCGUUAUGAUCGUUCUCGAUCUUCUUAUACAGAGAGAUAA